AUGGCAAUACAAAGAAGGCUGGCUACUGUUGACAGAUUGGCAAAGUGGGAAAUUCAGGUGUCUCAAUCAUGUGUAUUAUGUGAAAGAGAUAUAGAAGAAACACAUGAUCACUUAUUUUUUAAAUGUCCAUACUCACAAAGCUUAUGGAAAGGAAUGCUAGGAUGGCUAAGAUAUCAAAGAAGUGUUGCAAACUGGGAAGCUGGGGUGAAGUGGUUAUCUGUUAAUGCUAACAAUAGGAACCCAAGAAAGACAAUCCUAGGAGUGGUGUUUGCAGCAGCAGUAUACCAUAUCUGGAUGAAACGCAAUGAUAGAAGAUUUCAGAACCAGAAAAGAGAGGCCAAAGACAGAGCUAAAGACAUUCCCAUACAAGUGCACAUAACAGGGCAACAGAAAUGUAAAUGGAAACCUGUAUUGAUCACAUUGAAUGAUUAUCCUAAUUUUAAACCAUAG